AGCAUAAGCACUACAGUGAAUAUAAAGAGGAGAAUGAUUGCAAAGAGAGCCAUAAGCUGUAAUAGGACCAGGAUAUACUUCUCUACUAGGCUGUCUAUAAAACUUUAGAUACUUACAAAGUUGAAAAUAUACUUAGCAAAUGGGCUGAGUUUAUCUUUUGGUCUGAAACUAUAGUCUGAUAGAAGCUUCACACAAAUCUGGUGCCAUUCCAUAGAGGUGUUUUUUUUCUUCUUCACAGAAAAAAGGAUUAUACAAAGGGAAGGAAGAAAGUAGAAAUAGAGCAUGACAGGAGCAAAGAGGAAACAGGAAAAUGCCCUAUGGAGGAAGAUCCAUGCCUUUCGCUACGAGAACUUUAAACUCUGGUGUGUAAGCAGGCUGCCUCUUUUGGAGUGGGCACCACACUAUUGUUGGAAAAUGGACCUGCUCCCUGAUAUAGUUUCUGGGAUGAUGUUGGCAGUUCAACAAGUGACGCAAGGGCUGGCUUUUGCUAUUCUAUCAUCAGUGCACCCAGUGUUUGGUUUAUAUGGAUCAUUCUUUCCAGCUAUUAUUUAUGCCAUAUUUGGAAUGGGUCGCCAUGUUGCCCCAGGAACCUUUGCUCUGACCUCCUUGAUUUCUGCAAAUGCUGUUGAGCGUCUUGUUCCUCCCAUAAGCACCAAUUUCACCUCAGACAAUACAUCUGAAGUAUUGGGCUUAUCUGAGUUUGAGAUGCAGAGGAUUGGAGUUGCUGCAGCAGUUUCACUGCUUGGAGGGCUGAUUCAAGUAGCAAUGUUUAUGCUACAUUUGGGCAGUGCUACCUGUUUGCUAACAGAGCCAGUGAUAAGUGCAAUGACAACUGGGGCAGCAACGCACGUCGUGACUUCACAAGUGAAGUAUCUCCUAGGAAUGAAAAUGCCAUAUAUCUCAGGACCUCUGGGAUUCUUUUAUAUUUAUGCCUACAUUUUUGAAAACAUCAGAUCCAUUCAAUUGGAAACUGUCCUACUGUCUAUAUCUAGUAUUGUCAUACUAGUUCUUGUUAAAGAGCUAAAUGAAAAAUUUAAGAAGAAAAUUAAAAUAGUGCUUCCUAUUGAUUUGGUUCUGGUAAUUGCUACCUCUUUCAUCUGCUAUUCUGCUGACAUGGAGCACAGUUUUGGCCUGGAAAUUGUGGGACAUAUUCCAAAAGGUAUUCCAGCACCAAGGUCUCCACCUUUGAAGAUCCUCCCUGAAGUAGUGACAGAGGCUUUUGGAGUUGCAUUAGUUGGUUAUGUGGCAUCUCUAGCUCUGGCCCAUGACUCUGCUCAAAGAUUUCAUUACUCUGUGGAUGAUAACCAGGAGUUCUUGGCUCAUGGCCUCAGCAAUGUGAUCCCUUCAUUUUUCUUUUGCAUACCAAGUGCAGCAGCCAUGGGACGAACUGCACUUCUGUACAACACUGGAGCAAAAACACAGGUGGCUUGUCUGAUAUCUUGUAUGUUGGUGCUUGUGGUUAUCUAUACAAUAGGACCAAUGUUAUACUGGCUACCCAUGGACUCCAUGAAAGGACAUUCCAUUGCUGCAUGCCAAGAACAAAAAAUAUGUGAAAAAGGUGUGUUAGCAAGUAUCAUUGUGGUGGGCCUGAAGGGAAUGCUGAUGCAGUUCCGAGAUUUAAAAAAAUACUGGAGUGUGGAUAAAACUGAAUGGAGUAUAUGGGUCAGCACUUACGUGUUUACAGUUUGCUUUGCUGCUAAUGUAGGGUUAUUGUAUGGCGUCGUCUGCACAAUACUUAUAGUGGUUUUCCGUUUUUCAAGAGCAACAACACUGAGCUUGAAGCACAUGAAUGAAACAGAAUGCAGAUUCAAAACAGAAGUGGACUUUGAAUCUUCACAACCAGUGAAAAUAGUGUCAGUGAAUAACCCAUUAGUCUUUCUGAAUGCCAAGAAGUUUUACGCCAAUAUAUUAGAAAUAAUCCAUAAAGAGUGGACAUGUGCACAGCAGCUGUCGGAAGAUAUGACCAAGUAUGAACAGAACAUAUUACUUACUUCAUUAUCCAAUGGAAACUGCCAUGAAGGGAAUGUAGAUCCUGCAUUUGCUGAUCUAAGAAGUUCAUCCUUACAACAGCAUCCCAGUGAAAGGCACAAUCUAAUAUUUGACUGCAGUGGCUUGACUUUCUUUGACUACACUGGUAUCUCUGUACUUAUUCAGAUUUAUAUGGAUGCUCAACAGAAUAAUAUAAAUGUUUGUCUGGCAAAUUGCAAAGGCAGCUUCUUUGAAAAAGGCCCUGAAAUUCAAUGGAAAGCUAGAAUUAGAGAAUGCUGUCUUCUAUGAGUCGGUUUCUUCAGCUGUUGCUGCCAUUCAGUUUAGCAGGAACUUUUGCAAGCUUAAUGAACGUACUGAGAUUUGAUGCCAGUCUGAUUCCAGUCUGUCUAUCAAACUGCUCACUUGCAGAAGGAAUGGUGCCAAAUAAUUUCUUCAGAUGUUUAAACAUGGGAUUUUUGUUGGUGAUAAUUGCCAAGCAUAUUUAACAAAUUCAACAGCAGCAGUGUUUUCUGCCUAUAUUUCCUGAAGGUUUUUUUCUCUGUGUUAACUUCAGCAAUAGGGUUUAUUUUUAUAAACUUAGAUGAUCACGUAUUUUUCACAUGUUCUUCAAUGAACACAUAUUUUUCUAUGCAUGCAGAGCUAAGAAAUAGAAAGCAAUUUAAGAUACUGGUGUGAUGUAUGCUGUUUUAGCUGUCUUAUUACAAUUUAAAAGUAUAAGUUUGUGCAGAAGAGAAUGCAACAUCAUUGAAUUUUGUAGUGCAAUGUAUCUAAUCCAAAAUCUGUCCUUUUUUAAUUGCAAUUGCAAACUGCAAUAAAAGGCCAUUUUUUUUCCUGUUAAA